GUUUUUAAGGAUAAGCAACAGCUCUAAAGGCCUGUCGCCGUGUUAUUAAGGAUGGCCAGGCUCGUCGAUUAUUUCGUGGUGGUUGGGUAUGAUCUUGACAAGAGAGGGGGAAGUGAAGGUCAGGGCCGGAUUCUCCAAAGAUUCCCAGAAAAGGACUGGGAGGAUAACCCCUUCCCCCAAGGCAUUGAGCUGUUUUGUCAGCCCAAUGGAUGGCAGCUGGUUCCUGAGAGACUGCCUCCCUCCUUUUUCGUUGCUGUUCUAACAGACAUUAAUUCUGAGCGCCAUUACUGUGCCUGCUUUACCUUCUGGGAGGCUGUGGAGAAUCCGCAGAAGGAUGAACCCAGUGAGGUGGAUGAAGACGAGACCCCAGAGGUGGUGCAGCCUGCACACGUUUACUCCCCCAAGAGCCUGGUGCUAGUGUCUCGCCUGGACCACACCGAGGUCUUCAGGAACUGUUUGGGAUUAAUCUACACCGUGCAUGUGGAUGGCCUCAAUGUGCCCUUGGAAACGGUGAUUGGAAACCUCUUGACCUGUGUCAUCCCCGUCGCUGGAGGAUCUCAGAGGACCAUAACUCUUGGUGCAGGAGAUCGGCAGGUUAUACAGACGCCCAUCAACGACUCCCUCCCUGUGAGUGGCUGCAGCGUGGCCCAGCUCUUCAGACAGCUUGGUAUAGUUAAUGUUCUGUGCCUGUUCUGUGCUGCCCUGACGGAGCACAAGAUCCUCUUCCUGUCCAGCAGCUACCAGCGGCUGACAGACGCAUGCAGAGCGCUGCUGGCCAUCAUGUUCCCACUCAAAUACAGUUUCACAUACGUUCCAAUCCUGCCAGGGAAAUUACUGGAAGUUCUCAGCACCCCAACGCCUUUCAUCAUUGGCGUCAACUCAUUAUUCCGCUCAGAAACUCAAGAGCUGUUGGACGUCAUCAUUGCGGAUCUGGAUGGGGGCACGGUGACUAUUCCAGAAUGCGUCCACAUAUCCCUUCUCCCAGAGCCUCUUCUACAGCAUACCCAGACUGUCCUCUCCAUGGUGUUGGAUCCAGAGUUGGAGGUGGCUGACCAGGCCUUCCCUCCUUCCUCAGUACAGCCCUCACCUCUAAAAAUCCAGGACAAGGAGAUCAGAGCUGUGUUUCUGUGGCUCUUUGCCCAGCUUUUCCAGGGCUACCGCUGGUGUCUGCAUAUCAUACGUAUUCACCCAGAGCCUGUCAUUCGCUUUCACAAGGCGGCUUUUCUGGGUCAGAGAGCGUUGACGGAGGACGACUUCCUAAUGAAGGUUCUAGACGGGAUGGCCUUUGCAGGCUUUGUGUCAGAGAGGGGUCCGCCUUACAGAACUACAGACCUGUUUGAUGAUCUCAUAGCCAACCAGGUGGAGCGUAUCCGUCAGGAGGAAGGAGAUCCUCACAAAGUCAUGAACCACAUCAAGGAGCUGGCUGAGCAGCUCUUCAAAAACGAGAACCCGUACCCAUCAGUAGCCAUGCAUAAAGUGCAGCGUCCAGUCGACAUCCCUCAGGCGCGGCCCCCCCUCACUCAGACCACCUUCCCUCACCUGGACGAAGUCACGGUGCAGCUCUUCAUAGACCACGCUGCUGCCAAGCUCAAGAGUGCCCCUCCGGUGGUCAAGGCUGAGCUGAAGCGCAUGGUGCCCUCUGGUCCUCCUCUCGGUGAUAUUGUGGACAGGAACGGAAACGUCCUAGCAAACAGUGCCAGGAGACUGGAGGUAGUGAGGAACUGCAUCACCUACAUUUUUGACAACAAGAUGUUGGAGGCCAAGAAGUUGAUGCCGGCGGUGUUGCGAGCGUUAAAGGGGAGAGCGGCCCGCGUGUGUCUGACACAGGAGCUCAAUCAGCAUGUUCUACAGAACAGAGCCGUGCUUGAUGACCAGCAGUUUGACUACGUCGUACGCAUGAUGAACUGCACACUCCAGGACUGCUCUCACAUGGAUGAACAUGGCAUUGCAGCUGCUCUCCUGCCGCUGGUCACAGCCUUCUGCCGAAAACUUGGUGCGGGGAUUACCCAGUUUGCCUACAGCUGUGUGCAGGAGCACAUGGUGUGGACGAACAUGCAGUUUUGGGAAGCCAUGUUCUACAGUGACGUGCAGAAUCACAUUAGGCACCUGUAUCUGGAGUCUGAUGAGGCGGAGCAGUCGAGUCCGGUAAGAUCCAGUCACGGCGCAAAGUCUCACAGGGGUGCUGAGCUGAGCGCUCUGGAGUUGGCGUCGGAGCAGACGCGGCUGUGGCCAACGCUAAGCAAAGAGAAGCAGCAGGAGCGCGUGCAGAAGGAGGAAAGCACGGUGUUCAGUCAGGCCAUUCACUACGCCAACCGAAUGAGUUAUCUGUUACUGCCGCUGGACACCAGCAAGAACCGACUGUUGCGAACUACUGGCUUAGGAGAUGUGGAGAGUGUUAGCAACAGCUAUGUCACCAACAGUAUUGCUGGAAGCAUGGCAGAGAGCUACGACACAGAGAGCGGCUUUGAGGACGCAGAGAGCUCUGAUGUAGCCAACUCUGUGGUUCGCUUUAUCAACCGCUUUGUAGACAAAGUGUGCAACGAAAGUGGAGUGACCAACGAACAUCUAAAGGCUCUUCACACCAUGAUACCAGAUAUUGUUCAGAUGCACAUUGAGACGUUGGAAGCAGUCCAUAGGGAGAGUAAGAGACUGCCUCCUAUCCAAAAGCCCAAACUUUUAAGGCCGACUCUGCUGCCAGGGGAAGAGCUGGUGAUGGACGGCAUGCGGGUGCAUCUGGUCGCGGAUGGCCGUGAGGAGGCCACAGGGCUGAUGGGUGGGCCUGCCCUGUUGCCUGCUGAGGGGGCCAUCUUCCUUACCACAUACCGCCUCAUUUUCAAGGGCACGCCCACUGAUCCUCUGGUUGGAGAACAGGUGGUGACGCGCUCUUUCCCCAUUGCCUCGCUUACCAAGGAGAAGAAGAUCUCUGUAAACCUGCCCAUGGACCAGUUCAUCCAGGAUGGCCUGCAGCUUCGCUCCUGCACCUUCCAGCUGUUAAAGAUUGCGUUUGAUGAGGAGGUGGCGUCGGAUCUUGCGGAGGUGUUUAGAAAGCACAUGCACAAACUGCGUUACCCUCAGCAUGUUCAGGGUACCUUCGCCUUCACUGUGGGCCAGUCAGCCAAGCUGGUGGUUGAACAUAAGACCAAGGACAAGAACCAGUCUUUAAAAACUCUCUCUAAGAACUUGGUGAAAAGUGCAAAGAGGACCAUUGGAAGGCAAUAUGUAACCAGGAAAAAGUACUCUCCACCAACCUGGGAAAACCGGAGCAGUUUCCAGUCAGAGUUUGACGAGGAUGAAAUCUCAGUGUCUGAGGAACUGGACCAGAGUUCACUCACCCUCUCCUCCACCAUCCGAUCCUCCGACCGCCAGACCAUGAGCAACGUGGUGGAGCGGGCCUGUUGCCGUGACUACCAGAGGCUGGGACUGGGCACGCUCAGUAAUAGCCUGACCCGCUCCAAAAACGAACCCUUCCGCAUAUCCACUGUCAAUCGCAUGUACACUGUCUGCAGGAGUUAUCCCGGUCUAUUGAUCGUGCCUCAGAGUAUUCCAGACUCUACCAUCCAGCGCAUUUCUCGUUGCUACCGGCAAAACCGGUUCCCUGUGGUUUGCUGGAGGAAUUCGAGAACCAAGGCCGUACUCCUGCGUUCUGCUGGCCUCCACGCUAAAGGGGUGGUGGGCUUCUUCAAAUCGCCCAAUGCUCCCACUGCUGGUGAGACAAGAGACCUCUGGAACUCCACUAGUCUAGAGCAGGAGAAGUAUGUGCAGGCCAUCAUCAGCUCCAUGCCCUCCUACAGCGAGGCCGGUGGCAGGAACACGCUGUGUGGCUUCACCUCCACACACAUGAGCACCUCAGACUCAUCAGACAAGCUGAGGCAGCCUAAGAUCGGUGCCCUUAUGAAACAGGUCAUGGGCUCCAAAGAGGACAUGCAAGGCACCUUCAGCAGAGGAGGGAAAUGGGGAAGUAUCCGUGGUAGUGGACGGCUCAGCGCCUAUAAUCCAGAUGUCGGGAACCGAUUGGCUGGGAAAGAGUCACCACAGCCAAACGGAGGACCAGUCGAAUCUUACUUCCUCCGGCAGCAGCGAGCGUAUCUGUACAUCAUCGGAGACAAGUCUCAACUCAAGGGUGGGAAACAGGACUCGUUCCAGCAGUGGGAGGUGGUGCCCAUUGAAGUGUUUGACGUGCGACAAGUGAAGAACAGCUUUAAGAAACUGAUGAAGGCUUGUGUUCCCAGCUCCGCCUCCGCGGACCCCAACAUGACCUUUCACCGCUGCUUAGAGGAGUCGGAGUGGAUGAAUCUGCUACACAGGGUACUGCAGGUGUCAGUUCUGGUAGUGGAGCUGCUGGACACAGGCUCUUCAGUCAUGGUUAGUCUAGAAGACGGCUGGGACGUUACAACUCAGGUGGUGUCUUUGGUGCAGCUGCUGUCUGAUCCAUACUACCGUACCUUUGACGGCUUCAGGCUCCUGGUGGAGAAAGAAUGGCUGUCGUUUGGUCAUCGUUUCAGCCACCGCGGAGCCCAGACACUGGCCAGUCAAAGCAGCGGCUUCACUCCUAUCUUCCUUCAGUUCCUCGAUUGUGUGCAUCAGAUCCAUCUUCAGUUCCCCAUGGAGUUUGAGUUCAGUCAGUAUUACCUGAAAUUCCUGGCCUAUCACUAUGUGUCGAACCGCUUCCGAACAUUCCUGCUGGACUCCGACUACGAGCGCAUCGAGCUGGGGGUGUUGUAUGAGGAGAAGGGAGAGAGGAGGAGCCCACAGGUGUGUAAAUCAGUGUGGGAUUACAUAGACCGCCUCAACAAGAAAACGCCCAUUUUCUACAACUACAUGUUUGCCCCAGAGGAGGAGGAGGUCCUGAAGCCCUACAGCUUCGUCUCGAACCUGAAGGUGUGGGACUUCUACACGGAGGAGACGCUGUCUGAGAGCCCGUCGUACGACUGGGAGCUGGUGAGAGGGCGGCAGGAGCACCCCACCGAGGAAGGGGGAGAGAGACCUGAGACGACCGCGCCCAAAUCCCAGCGCAGAAUAGUCUGGCCGUGCUACGACAACCGCAGCAAAGUGGUUCCAGAUGCCAUCACCAAGCUGCUACAAGACCUGCAGAGUCUGGAGGCGGAGCUGGGGCAGGUGUCAGAGAAGUGGAAAGAGACCUGGGAUAAAAUCAAGACCACGCAACGCGCCGAGUCCAAGCUGGAGAGCAGACACUCGUUCUCUAGUUCUCUGCUCAUGUCGUCUAAUCUGAGUCACCAGCGUCGCUCUCAAGGCGUGUACCUGCAGGAAAGUGGUGUUGGUUCUUCCAUUAAUCUGGGUCUGGACUGUGAGGCCAGCGCUACGUCCACCCCGGCAGCAGGACGGCCCAGCACCAGUACGCUCUACAGCCAGUUCCAGAGCACGGAGAGUGAGAACAGGAGCUUUGAAGGCAUCUUAUUUAAGAAAGGAGCGCUGCUGAAACCAUGGAAACCACGCUGGUUUGUCCUGGAUAAGACAAAGCACCAGCUGAGAUACUAUGAGUCGAGGCAGGAUAAGGAAUGUAAGGGGGUGAUUGAACUGGCUGAGGUGGAAUCUGUAGUUCUAGGUACCCCAACAAUGGGAGCGCCCAAAAAUAUAGAGGAGAAAGCCUUCUUUGAUCUCAAGACGACCAAAAGAGUGUAUAACUUUUGUGCUCAAGACAGCCUGAAUGCACAGUUGUGGAUGGACAGUAUACAGAGUUGCCUAUCUGAUGCAUAGAUAGGGAGAUGGAUUAGAGACCUAUCAAGCUUCAAAACUUCUUGGAUUGCUGCUGGAGCACCUGAUGGACAGCGCUUAUAGCCAAUCGCUGGCCUCCCCCUAGCAAUUGAAAGGGAGUGUGAGAAAAUAAGUUGAGGGUGUGGCCUCACC